GCUAUGACCCGGACAGUGACAGCAGCGAUGUUGAUGCUCACCGGGCGCUGGAGGUCGAUGCCUGCGCAGGGUCCAGCAUCAUCUUAGCCUACCCCCCGCACAUCAGCCAGGGCUUCCCCAUAGAAGAGUCCAUCCAAUGCUACUACAUCGUGGUAGAUUCUGGCUACUGGGCGCUGUACCACUACAACCCUGAGGCCAUGGCACGCGGCAACAACCCGUUCCAGCUGGAUAGCAAGAAGAUCAAGGGAGACUUAUACAAGUUCCUUGCCAAGGAGGACCACUUUGUGGCUGUAAUGCGCCGACAUCCCAAGCAUGCGCAGCAGUUGGAUGACAAGCUGAAGUACAACCUGGCGCAGAAGAAUCAGCUCUUGCAGGUGCUGAACGAGGAGGACCUCGAAGGCCAGUUCCACAAGUUGGUGGAAGGCCUCUCUGACGCAAGCCUUACCGACGGUUGCGUGGAGCAGGCCAAGACCAUCCUCAUGCAGGACAUCAUGGCCGGUGGCCUCAAGGCAAGGCCACCUGAGCCAUGGACGACUUUGAACCAAAGGAUGGUUAUCUUGGUGCCCAUUUGUGGAACGGGCAAAACAGGCCUCGAGUUGAGCAGCUGA